UUGUGUUAUACGCUAGCAUUUGUUGUAAGGUGGUGUAUUAAAUUAAUUAAUUAACUAGCAAUUUGGUUUAAAAAGUGUAUUGAGUGUUGAAAAGAUAUAGUUUAGUACAAAUAUAAAAAGAAACGCAAUAAAGUUGCAGCACAAAGCAAAAAAAGUAGAAUUGUAAGCUCAGUGAAUCGUAGACAUUCGUGCGCGGUCAGGUGGAACGCUAGCAACAACAAUACGCUUGAAGUCGGAAAAUACUUAUUCGAAAAGUGCAUUUAUGUACCUAAAGAAUUACAAAAGCUGCAAUUAACUGCGUUGUUAAUAAAAAAAAUAUACAUAUAUCCAGUGCUAGCCUCCCAUUACUAGUAGUGCAACAUAAUUGUGAGAACAAUAAAUACUUGUCAAAAUGACGAAUAUGCGGCCACCCAACAAAACCAUCCUCUUGAAAGUGGUUAUUCUCGGGGAUGGCGGCGUAGGAAAAUCCUGUCUGAUGAAUCGCUUUGUUUCAAAUCGCUAUGACGAAAACAACUUUCAUACAAUUGGCGUUGAAUUUAUGAAUAAAAACAUUGAUGUGGAUGGCGAGAAAUACACAUUGCAAAUUUGGGAUACAGCUGGUCAGGAGCGUUUUCGCGCGCUACGCACACCUUUCUAUCGCGGCUCUGACGUCUGCAUGCUGUGCUAUGCCAUCGAUGAUCGUGAUAGUUUUCGCGGGCUGAAGCAAUGGCGUAGUGAGUUUCUCAACUAUGCCGAUGUUAAAGCGGACAAGUUUCCCUUCAUUGUCGUGGGUAAUAAGCUGGACAUGGCACCCAAAUAUCGUCAAGUUAACUACGAAGAGGUGGAGCAAUGGUGCAACGACAAUGGCAUUACUAGCCUCAUCGAAACAUCAUCGAAGGCUGCCAGCAAUGUAACCGAUGCUUUUGUUUUGGCCGUGCGUCAGUGGAAACAUAUGGAGCGUGUAGCUGAAACUGAACUACGUCAACAUAGCGAUACUAUCGAUCUAACACGUAGCAUACGUUUGGCGCAAAAUCGUUUUUGUUGCACUGGCGGUGGCAAUGGUGGUAGCUCAACAUCAGUUGAAGCUGAAUUAGAAGAUGAGUCUAUGCGUGGUGAGAAUAGUGGCAGCCGUCCAUCGCCGCUACGUUUCGUGAAACGGUCCAUGGGCGCAAAUAGGCAGCCGCAGGCAAGGAAUUUUCAGCUUUAAAUCGCUUUUAUUUGGGAUGCAUUGCGUUGCAGGUUUUUUUUUUUUUAAUAUUUUUGCAAUGAACUAAUUCAGCUGGUUUGAAAUCUAUAAAAAAGAAGAAAGAAAUGAAUAACAAUGUAUCUGUUAGACUACACCAAAGGCAGCUAAAUAUUGUUGUUCGAGAGACGGAAGCGUAUGAAACAAAAGGCGAUGUUUAACUUCAUGUGUAAUUCUAAGAAAGCAAGUUUAUUUUAUAAGUAAUUAAGGGUGAAAAGUAACGCAAAAAUGCUCAGUUUAUUUUAUGCGCCCGAUGUGCGCUAAAUGAACAAUUCCAAUCGAAAAAAUCAUAUAUUACUCAUACAACAUGUUGUACACUAUUAUAGUAAUGUACAUUUACAUGAGUACAUACAUACAAUGGCUACGUAUGUAUUUGUGUAAAGCAGUUAUAAAAUUCCAUGUAACUUUAUAUGUAAUUAUAUUUAGCUUAGUUUAAAUAUUUUGCAAUGCAGCAGCCGAAUUGAGUAUUAUAUACAAUAGAUUAUUGAUUUGUUUAUUUAAUUUUUUGUUUUUCGUUAUGAUGAACACAUAGCAAAAUCGGGUUAAUCUAAACGCACAAUAAUUUAACGCGGAAUCUAUAUUAAGAAAAAUUUUGCAUUCUCGAAAUCAGGACAUUAACCCCAGUUAGUUUAAGUUGCAAACAAAUGAUGAGUAUGUAAAUAACAUUGUGGAACAAUUUGAGGGCUCUUAUUUAUACCCAAUUUCGAUUAAACUCUCUACAGCGCUCUUAUUAAUCCGUAGAAGGUUUAACUCUUCGACGACCCCUUAUAAAUUUAUAGGCUUAACAUUUUUGUAGAACACUUUAAACGCCUAAGUUUGGUUUUUAUUCGCGUUUUUUUGAAAUUUGAAUUUGGUUGGCUGGCAAGAAAGUUCACAAAACAAAUUUAUUGAAAGCGAUUUCGAAUCGCUUAGAAAAUAGUCUCGUGUAAAUGCUGCUUUAGAAAUUCGAAUUCUAUAUGUUCAUUAUAUAGAUGAAUGGUUGUUCGACAAAACUGUUUCGCGUCUGUUAAUCUUCAGCCACAUUUUCUGGAGGCAAAAUCACCAUGGAACCAAACGAUUAUGAUCUUAAUAAUAAAAAUCAUAAUUUAACCAUUACGUUAUGGUUUUUAUUUUUUUAAUAAAGAGCCCCAUAUGAAAAUGUUGUAGUAAUAGUAAUAUGAUAGUAUUUUAGCGCAGACCUUCUUUUUGCGUAGACUGGGUACGGCCGCGCUCAUCGGAUUAUAACCCUCACUAAGUAGAAUUCUCAUUUCCGUGUCGCCGAAGAAGAAAGUAUUUUUGUGCAGAACUUCGUUUAGCAGGUAUUUUAUGGAAGGGGCACAAGAGCGAAUUGUGGCCCCUGCUCAUGGGACCUUAACUCGAGAACCAAACCCAGUGAAUACAUAUUUCCUAUGAAAAGGUUUAUAUUUUUAAUUCUUACUGGGUUAUAUCCUAUUUGCUUUUGUCUCUUAUCUUUCUUGCACAUUUUGGAUUUUGACAGCUGAGCUCGGCCAUUUAAUUUGCAUAUGCAACCAAAGGCGCAAGCGUGAUUUUCAUGGCGUUUUUAUUUAACCCUCUUAGUACAAAAAAUCAGCCGCUGAAGCUAAAAAUCCGAAUAUUUGUUUACCGGCUAAUUUUGGGUCAUUGAUUUUAAAAAUGCAAUCAAAUUUUUUUUUAACUCUAGUUUUACCGUUAUUCAGCGUCCAGUAUAUUGGACAAUGGCACUCUAAAUUUGUAAACAGGGAAGUGAUAUCAAUAAUUUUUCUUUUUUACUUAAGCGAAAUAUAUUUCAAAAUUGAGAAUAACAUUUAACAUUUUUUUCGGAUCUCAAUUUUAUCAAAAAAAUAGUUGUUCAUAUACAUACAUAUAUAUAUCGAUUUUUGUGAUACUUUUCAAUUUGUGAAAACCACGGUCAAGUACAUCCCGAAAA